UCGUCUAUGCAAGUAGCAAGUGUUGCAUGUGCUAGGAAAAGUUGAGAUUCAAGCUGACUGUGUCGACGGUUUCUUAUCGGUCUGUUUUUCUUUUUUCCAUUUCUCACUUUUUUAAUUAAUUUUAUUGCAUUUUGAUAGCGAAAAACUAAGAAAAAUGUCUUCCUUUGCCCUCGGAGCAUCAUCUUUCUGUCGUCAACUGCUUCCUGGAUUCAAGAUCGUCCGAAGUUCAGGAGGCAGGAGGAAUCUCAGUUUGCUGGAGUACCAAUCAAAGCAGCUUCUCGAUGAGAGUGGCGUUUCCAUCCAGAAGUUUCGAAUGCUCGAAGAGAAGAGGAACGAUGCGGAUCAGCUGAAGGAUUUCCAGGUUCCCGAGUAUGUGGUUAAAGCCCAGAUCUUGGCUGGAGGUCGUGGGAAAGGUCACUUUGAUAAUGGCUUCAAGGGGGGUGUACAUCUCACACGGAAAGCAGAGGAAGCAGUGUCUCUGGCCAAUAAGAUGCUGGGACAGAAGCUUAUCACAAAACAAACUCCUGAGGAUGGGAUUCUCGUCCGCAAAGUAAUGGUGGCCAAGAGUGUGGAUAUUGUGAGAGAGACUUACUUGUGUAUCCUCAUGGAUCGCGCACACAAUGGGCCUGUACUUAUCGCCUCACCGGCUGGAGGGAUGGACAUUGAAGCUGUGGCCGAGGAGACUCCGGAUAAGAUCAAAACGCUGCCAAUUGAUAUAACGCGAGGUGUUACACGGGAGCAGAGCCUCUCCGUGGCGGAAUUCCUGGAAUUCAAGGGUUCCCUGAGGGAGAAGGCAGCCCAGGAGAUUGAGAAACUCUGGCAACUCUUCCUCAAAGUCGAUGCCGUGCAGAUUGAAAUUAAUCCACUGGCGGAAACAAAGGAAGGGGAAGUCAUUUCAGUCGAUGCCAAGCUCAACUUCGAUGAUCAUGCUAAAUUCCGGCAGCAGCGCAUCUUUGAUAUGGAAGAAGAGACUGAAGGGGAUGUCCAGGAGGUGGAAGCGGCCAAAUACAACCUCAACUACAUCUCCAUGGAUGGGAAUAUUGGGUGCUUGGUCAACGGAGCAGGACUCGCUAUGGCCACAAUGGAUAUUAUUAAGCUAAACGGUGGGAAUCCAGCCAAUUUCCUGGACGUUGGGGGUGGCGUGAAUGAAGAUCAGGUGCUCAAGGCAUUCCAGAUUCUUCUCUCCGACUCCAAAGUCAAGAUAAUCGUCGUGAAUGUCUUCGGUGGCAUUGUAAAUUGUUCCACAAUCGCCAAUGGUGUGGUCAAUGCGUGCAAAACCAUCGAUCUCAAGAUCCCCGUGGUGGUUCGUUUGGCUGGAACUAAUGCUGAGGAAGCUCGCCAGAUUGUCCUUUCGUCGGGACUCAAUCUUAUUCCCGCAACAGAUCUGGAUGAUGCAGCUGUGAAAGCUGUGAAGGCCCUAGCAGCGCAAAAAUAAUCUUUCUUGCCCUUUUUCUCGAACUAAAAUUAAUUAAUUAAUUUUGAAGACAAACCGCAUUUAAAGUGUGAGGCGUGAACAAUUUUUUGCAAUUUUUUAUUAGGGGGUUAAAACUUAAAUAAAUAGUUGAAGCAUUUAA